CAUGCGCACCGUCGACAUUCAGUCCAUCUCAAGGAAUUUCAUGCAAAGAUCACAUAACGAUAACCUGAAGGAGUUUUUUCUACUUGGGAAGCUUAGCAGCCUCAGAGUGUAGCGCUUGGUGUGACAGGAGGAGCCUCCAACUUUGACAGCAGCAAAAUGGCAGACAUGUCAGUGGAAGAGAUCACCAUGAGGGCCAACCAAGUGACCGAUGAGUCCUUGGAGAGCACCAGGCGGAUGCUACAGAUGGCUGAGGAGAGCAGGCAGACUGGUGUCAACACCAUUGAAAUGCUAGACCAACAAGGGGAGCAACUGAAGCGUACGGAGGAGGGUAUGGAUCAGAUCAACCAGGAUAUGAGACAGGCCGAGAAGAACCUGACUGACCUGUCCAAGUGCUGCGGCCUCUGUGUCUGCCCCUGUGACAGGGUGACGUCCAUAGAGCAUGACUCUAAGUACAAGCGUACCUGGGGAAUAGGUGAUAGUAGCAGUGCAGGAGGAGGGGGAGUGGAUGGCUCGGUGGUGUCCACUCAACCCUCAGGCAUCCGUAACGGAGAGGCCAACCAGCAGCAGUCUAUGGGGAGCUCUGGACCCUACAUCAAGAGGAUAACCAACGAUGCUCGGGAGGAUGAGAUGGAGGAGAAUCUGGACCAGGUGGGCAGCAUCAUAGGGAACCUGAAGAACAUGGCCAUGGACAUGGGCUCUGAGAUAGACAAGCAGAACAAACAUAUCGACCGCAUCACAGAAAAGGCGGACAUGAACAAAGCACGUAUCGAUGAAGCCAACCAGCGAGCUAACAAGCUCAUCAAGUAGACUUACCCGCUCUAGCUUCCAAAUUAUCCACUUUGAGUCUCUGCCUCAGCUUGCAUGUGCACACAUGUACAUACUAGUGUUUGCAUAUACAAUACAUACAAAUCAACCAGGAAAAACCCAUUGAACCAGCACCUACCACACGUGCCUUCUCUGUAAUGAUAUAUGUAAAUAUGCUCAUACAUGUGCGCACACACACUCUUAUUGUGCCUUUUAUGACUAGUUACAAGUCCUCGCCCGGGUCCCCAUCCCUACUAUGUGACACGGUGAAUCACUUCUCCAGGUGUUGUGAGAUCUGUGCCCAUCUUCAUAAAGCGUCACAGAGUAGGAGUCCUAAUGUAAGAUAAGUUGUACAAGACGGGAGACCUGCUCCUAGAUCAGAACUCCUACCCUGAAAUGCUUUAUGUAUACGAGCCCUGAUCAUCUGUGCAGUGUGGCACAAAUAUGCCACAAAUAUGACCUGGAACGCCACCAUAUUCACACUCAUAUGUGUCUGUCGCCACCCGGUGGUCUAAUGGUGUCACAGCAGCUGUAUCCACUUCAGGGUAUGCAGGGGAAAGUUAUAUUAGACAAUGCUUUAGAUCAGGGGUGUCAAACUAAUUUUGCCCCGGGGGUCGCAUUUGGUCUUCAAUGAGGUCCAGAGGGCAGCACUGAGAAUUGGUUAUAUUUCUUCGCUGUCAAAAUUAGCAAAAAAUAGUCAUAUCUAUUGUUUUUGGAAUCUUCGAUGCUCCCUGACUGUCUAGCUUUCGUUUCGGUGAUUAUUGGCGAGCUGGACAUAGUCAAGAAACUGUAUAUAUCCAUUUUCAUUUCUACACAGUUUCGAUUUGGUUUUAGUGAUUUUAAAGUAGAUUGAGUUUGUCGCCCCCCCCCCAAAUGGUUAUUUAUUACCAAAUUCUUUAUUUUUUUAUUUUUUUUUAACUCAAACCACCCUUGGGGCGGAUUGGACCCCCUCAUCCGGCCGUAUGUUUUACACCCCUGCUUUAAAUCAUGUAAUUUUGUUCUUGGCUCUUGUAAUUAUUGGUAUUGUAUCCAAUUUGUUAUUGUUUGAAAUUAUGUGCCUAUUUAAUUAUUCGUAUAAAGCAGAAAUGACUUGUGAAUAAAGUUAGCUUUUUUAACACCCCCCCCCCCAUUUAUCCCCUUUUAUUGCAGUGGUUGAUCUAUAAGUUCUAUGCUGGAAGUCCCCUAGAAUUUUUGCAAUAUCUCUUUGAUCAAGAGUAACAACUAAUAUUAACCAAAGAUCUUAGCAUGGUUAGACUCACCUCUGCUAGCCUGAGUGUCAGUCUGUUUGUGCUAUCAUGCCAAUGAGUAAUGGAGUUGGUAACAGUACAAACAGAUCUGGGACCAGGCUAUACCUCUGCCACCAAUGGAUCAAGUGCUGUACUUCACCUCAAUGUUAUUUCACUCAUUUUUAUUUGAACUGCCUCGUUUUCACCUGAGAGGCCUUACUGCCUGUUUCUUGUAAAGGGUAAAGUGGCUGUGUUGUAACAGCCUUGUCCCCAAAUGGCUCUUCUGCCUGUCAGUAACAUACUCAUCCAGAAAUGUCCCAUCAGUUUCUUUCCUUACUUGCAUUAUAAAUAUUUGUAAGAAAAUGUCAAACAAAAUGUUAUGUUCUUCUGCAUUCAGGUAUACUCUUGGUCAGUUAUUGAUUUCAUGCAGACUGAAAUAAACUGUUAUCCAAGGCUGUAUUUAAACCGAAGUGACACUCAGACUUCAGAGAUUGUCAUAAUAUUAGUAGUUUAUGCUAGAGCUACUGCUACAUUUAUACUUCUGUCUUGAUGCUGUUGGUUCAACACCAAUGUGAUAACACUCAAAAGGGUUACCAACUGUAAUGUAAACUCAGCAACUGCCUCUUUCAGUUUGAAAUGUUGAGGAACACAGCUUGUUCUGUCUCGAUGAUUGUUUAACAUAGUAAAAGUGCCUUAUUUCAGCAACAGAUAUUUGUUCUUUCUGUUUAAAGUAAAUUGUUAUAUUUGUAUAAUUCAUUAAACUCUUCAGUAAAACCUU